CCGAAGCGCGUCGACCCGUCAGCCGUAUCUCGCGUACCUCCCGCGUCAGUGAAACAAACGGUUCACCCGCAAACUUAUCCCGUUCUGUGACUGUUUUGUGAUGGAUGUGAAUUGAACAAUGGAGGAGGAGUCGAUGUCCGGACAUAGUUGUUCUGAGGACGACAUCAGCGUGGGGCGGCCGUCGCCGGCGCCGUCGCGCUCGUCAUCGCCGCACGACUACUUCAGGCCGUUGAAGCGUUUGAAGAUGGCUUCGGAGCCGCAGGAGGAGAGGCGAGGGGACGGAGUGAAGAGUUUCUCUAUUCUGGACAUAUUGUCGCACAGUCCGCGGACGCCGCCGCGUAUAGUUCGUCCGUGGGACGCGUCGGGGUUCGAGCGGCUGCAGCGGCUGCAGCGGCUGGCGGGCGCGGCGCUGCUGGACGGGGAGCGCUGGCGGCUGGCGGCGCUCGGGCUGCUGCGGCCGCGGGACCUGGCGCCGGCGGAGUGCUGCGACUCGGCGUCGGAGCGCUCCUCCUCGGCGUCCGACUGCUGCUCGGAGCCGCGCCGCCCCGCGCCCCCCCCGGGCGCGCCGCACACGCCGCUGGACGCGCUCUUCCACAUGACCAGCAAGACCUUCGAGGCCAACAACCCCGACAGUCAAGACGGGCAGUCCAACCACUUGAACCUGUUCAACAACCGGCCGCAGCCAAAGAAGAAGCGGAAAUCGCGUACCGCCUUCACGAACCACCAGAUCUUCGAGCUGGAGAAGCGGUUCCUCUACCAGAAGUACCUGUCGCCCGCCGACCGCGACGAGAUCGCCAGCUCGCUCGGCCUCUCCAACGCGCAGGUCAUCACCUGGUUCCAGAACCGACGGGCGAAGCUCAAGCGAGACAUGGAGGAGCUGAAGAAAGACGUCGAAAGCGCCAAAGUCUUGUCAGCGCACAAGACGUUUCUAGAAAACGUUACCGACUUGGGCAUACUGAAGAAGAAGGCGAUGAGCAUAGGUGCGAGUGAAGAGGCGGCGACGAACCUGGUGGUGAACGCGUCCAAAUGAAACGAGGCCCGGGCGGUGAUCGCGCCCGACGUCACGUAUGGAAGACGAGUGAUCGAUUUUUGAAUUUCAAAUAUCGAAUCCAAAAGACGAUUAAAUUAGUGUGAGUUUAUCGAGUUUAUGGACUUAGUGACACGGUAGAGUUUAGAUGUCCGUGUAGUCAGCCUCCUUGCUACGACUGUACAUAGGUUAACUCUGAACUGAAUUCGUUAGUUUCACGUGUACAAAUAACUCCCGAUGAAUCUUCUUACGAAUAUGAAUGUGAUAGUUGAUUUUAUUAUUUAAGUACUUAAUAGUUUAAAGAGUUAAUUCUGAAUUAUUUAUUGUGCUGGAGACUUCAUUUACUGGCGUAUGCAGAUCGCUGAGUUGUAGUUUAAUUUAUUAGUAUUUAUAUGUAUCGUGUAUUCCGUAUUUGUCUGCAAGAAAUGCCACUAAACUGUGCAAUAAAUGUUGAAAUGAAUCUGUAUGCCAGUGAGUCUCGGUAGAAUUGUUGUUUUAUAUAAUAAUUAUAACUAUGAUACAUUUUGUAAAUAUUACUACUUGUAUAGAGCUAGUGUAGCUUCGGUAUAGUUAAAUUAAAACUUUUAGCUAUAAGGUUACAAACAAAAUUGUGCUUAGAACAUCACAUGUUUUAUUGUAUUUAUAAUAUUUUUUUAAGGGGUAGACCUUCAUACAAUACCGUCAUUUAAUACCAAAACUAUUGCUAUUAAAUUAGAGUAUUUCCGAUGUAUCUGAUGUUGUUAUUUUUAUUAAGAGGUUAUCUAGCCCUGAAUAAAAAUACCGACAUAAGAUAUAACAUAUUAGAAACUCCUUUUAUACAUUAAAUUUGGUAUUAUUUGCAUGGGUCGCUUGCUACCCUUAUAAAAACAAAAGAUACACAUGCAGGAGUUACGUUACAAAAUAUAUUUAUAACUAGAGAGUUAGCAGUCUCAAGAUUAACUUGAAACGUUUCUAUGUAUUCUGUCAGUUAGUAUUAUAAAGGUUACCUACUAAACUGUAUAUAAAUGAUUGAGUUUCACUUUAAAGUUCAGCAUUUUUAUUAAUCUGCACUACAUAUAGUGACUAAUGCAACGUAAUAUUUAUAUUUAGGACUUUCGAUCUUCUUAUCUCGGAUCUCAUAAGAUAUAAAUGGAUACAAAUUAAAAUGUUACGUUUGUGUUGUCUUCACUAAACAAUAAACAUAACUGAAGGAUCAUUCUUGUGUCAUAAACACAUUCAAAUGUAAUUUAUUUUGACAGGAUUCUUUCCCACGAAGUUAUCAAAAACAGUUUUUAAAACGCCAUAAUGAACAAUAUCGAAUAUAAAUAUUGUAUAAAAAGCGUUGUCUUUCGAACAUCAACUAGUGAACGCAUUAUAGUCUCACUAUAAUCUUAUUUUUGUGGUCCAAAAAUACAAUAAAAAUUUGUCACUGUGAAUUGAAUGUCUUUAAAUGUCGAGAAUGAGCUCUCUAUAUUUAUGUAGUAACUGGAAAUGUAGAUAACUUCUAGAAAAAACUUGUAUAAAGAUAACCUCUGUUCCUACUUUAUUUACUUAUGAAUUUUGUAACUUUUUUUACAGUAGUAACGCAUUCCGCGCUCCUUAGUAUGUGGAUAUUGAUGUACAUAGUAAAUAAAGCAUUAUGUGUUCUAA